AUGGCUGUGGAGUCUCUCGGGCUUGGCUACUGCUUCGUCGGGGCUGUUCGCAACAACGCUCGCGAGAUGGCGGAGGUACUGGGCCUGCCGCCUCGGACCUUCUCACUUGUAGGCAUGGCGAUCGGCAAGGCCGACGUGUCGGAGCCGGCCGGCAUCAAGCCCCGGCUGCCGAUGGAAGAAAUACUGCAUAGGGAGCGGUGGAAUGAGAAAGAUCACAAGAGUCUCAUCGGUUCUUACGACAAGGCGAUGGGCGAAUUUUAUGCCGAGCACCAGAAGCACGGCCGGAAGCCUUGGAGUCAUCACAUGGCUCGCAUCGUGUCAUCUGGAAACGCAGGAUGGGAGGGAGAUACUGCGACAGGUGCUGGAGGAACGGGAUUUUGGUCUCAAAUAGAACGCACUGGACAGCAUAGUUAA